CGUAUCGACAUGAAGUUAAUCAGUAAAAUAAUUCUUAAACGUAUUAGCUCCAGAAGGUGAACGAGGAGUAGGGGAAUAUGACGGUGCCAUUGGCCUUGAUCUAGGUGAAACGUUUGCCGCAGGUGCAUUUUUUUUGCCCAGCGAGCACCAUGUCCAUGACACCGGUGUUCAGUAUACUGUGAAAAAGAAUGAGCUAUAUGGUCGACAAGGAUUGAAUGGUAGAUGGUUACACGACAGAAAGCUCGCUGCUGGUAUGGAUGUACUGGAAGCGCGACUUAUGGCUGGUAGCAAGAAAUUGAACCUUGCUAAGUUCAUGCUAUACGUGCGUGCAUGGCAGACUGACAAUGUGGGCAUCAAUCUCUGGCAGUUCUAUUCUCAGCGUUCGGUUCGGCGCAAAGCUUGGGACACCCGCAUUUCCAUGGAUUCCGCAAUAAACAAGGCCACGGACACAAUUCUGAAUAUGAUCAAAGGUCCACCACCACAACGAUUUCCAAGCGACCAUCAUGCAAUUACGGCCGAUGACAAGAGAACCCGUCGAAAACGUAGGAGACGAAGGAGGCGUGAAUGGAACAAAGAACAGUGGGAAUCCGAACGGCCCGUUCUGCUCGGUUUCGGUGCAGACGCACUUACUACUGGCGAUCAUCGAAGAGGCUCACGGCCCGCUUUGGAUGCUAAGCUAGCCACAAGGUUACUCAUUCGAGCGAAAAGCAAAAAGGGACGUCGCUUUGUACCUGUCCGCAUUGACGAAUACGGCACAUCAAAGUUCUGCCCGCGCUGUGCCAUGUUUGGACGUGCAACUGAGUUACGGUUACUCCGGCAGCCACCUCCUCUUCGCCAUGCCCUCAAUAUGGACCAACUCAACGAUCUUGGUGAAGUCAAAGUCAUCCGCAUCAAGGUUUGUCCACAAUGCCAGCAAGAAGGCCAUGGUGUGUUUCAUCGAGACGGUGCCUUAGGUCAUUGUCAGUCAACAAUUGCGAAGGCAAUGCUCGAACACGGCCAAACGGCCAGAUCAGUUCAUUCGCCCAUCGCGCAAGAUCCCAAACAAUUAGACCGUCUUCGUCAGGACGGUCGGGUUUACACCCGUGGCUUGCUAGUGACAUGGUCACACAGCCCUGCUUUAUGCAAAGCUUUUAUGGAAAUGUACAACGAUGCUUGUUGCUAACGUGCAAAGGGAACGAUGUACAUAUAUUAACCACCAAACCGAGUGAAGAUAAAGAGCUUUUAAGGGCGGGUGCAAAGGCAGUGCAACUGUUUAUACAGCACCUUUUACGCAUAAAUUAACAGAAAGCUACGCUAUAACAAAGGUAUACUUACCACAGAGGAUUGAAGUGAGAGAAAAUGUACGUAAGCAAUUUGAUAUUAUACUGUCAUGCGGUUCUGCUGCAGACACGUUGGCCGUAUUAGCCAAGAUAAUCAACAGGAGUCAAAAACUCAUGGAAAU